GCCGCAGUCCCGGCUCGGGUCGCGCGCGGUCUCGUCUCCUUGGCGACGCGGCGGCUGCGGCUACGGGAUCCCCACCCGACGCCUACCGCGAGCUGAGCCUCGGGUGUCUGCCCGCGGGUGGUCAGCGUGAGACUGCCGCCGGCGGGCAGAGGCGACGAGGCGACUUCGAGUACCCGCGUGCAGCCGGACCCAGCCCUCACUCCGGACUCCCCCAGGCCCGGCUCCUGACCCUCAAACGUCUGCCCACCUCAGGUUCGGGCUCUGGGGCCCACGGCUACCGAGGCGGAGCGCGAGAAGAAAAAGGGAUGAUUGAACCAAAUGAAGCAAUGUCAGAGAAAGAAGUCCCUUCAAGAAACCUUGAAAAUAAUGUGUCUUUAAAGAAUACUGAAAAUAGUGUAUCUUCAAAGAGUGUUGAAAAUAAAGAUACAGAAACAAAUCUACAGUCUAAGCUAUGGUCAUCUUCUUUCUUAAAAGAGAACUCAGGUGAAGUGGGCAAAGAUGCAAUCAUUGUAGAGAAGGGGGAAAAUAACGAAUAUUGCCUUCAGGAUAUUGAUAAGUUAUCCAACACAACAACUGAUGAUGGUGAAGAGGAUAGCAGUGAUGAGGACAGUGAUGACAACAGCGACCCUCAUAAGGAGACUCCUGCUCCAUUAGAGUUAAUGGCAGAGUUCCUGAGAGCAGAAAUGGGCCAAGAUUACCAUUUGGCAAAAAAAUUAUGUGAGAUGAUCCUAAUCUAUGAACCAGAAAAUCCUGAGGCCAAGGAGUUUUUCUCACUUAUUGAAGAAAUGUUGCUGAUGGAGAAAGCUCAAAAUCUUGAGGAAGAUGAUGAAGACAGUGAUGAAGACAGUAGUGGUGAAAGUGAAGGAGAAAGCAGCGAGGAUCUAAGUGAGGAAAGCGCUGAUGAAAGUAGCUAAUAUGGUUUAAUCAUAAUGUAUUUUCAUUACUGUAUACCAUGGAGGUGAAAAGAAGACAGCUGCAUUUUAAUCUAGUUGUUCUUUAUUUGGAACAGAGUUCCUUUAAUUUAUCCAUAUUAGUUCAAGCUCUUUCCUCAUAUUUAGGUCUUAGCUCACUAUGAGUUACUCAAAGAAGGAAAUAGUAAUUGAAAGCACUUACAUACCACUGUGUGCCAGGUACUGUUCCACACACAUUAAUUUAUUUAAUCCAACAAAUCCAUGAGGUUUGGCUUAAAACAACACAAAUUUAUUACCUUACAGUAAUCCAAAGUGGGUCUCACUCAGCCAAAAUCGUAUUUAUGGGUUCUGGGAAUUAGGACAUAGCCAUAGACAUCUUUGGGGUGGGGGUAGGGAGUGGGACAUUAUUCUGCCUAUGACAGGAAGUAUUAGGUAAGUGUUGGUAUUUUUGGAAUUCAUGGAAUGGAGCUUGGAAGAGACAGUUUGGUUGCAGACAUACACCUUAAUUAGGAGUCAUUAGUUUAGAGUCAGAUAACACGUAACAGAAAUAUCUCUUUGAUUAGAGAUAGUAAUCAAAGAUAAGGCAAUGCCACAGAGAAAGUAUAGUCUGAAUAGAAAUAGAAUUAUCUUAAAUGAUAAACAACACUUAAGUGAUAGUCCAAGAAAGAGAAAUGUGGAAAGGAGACCAAAAAGACAGCCAGGAAAAAAAUCAGGAAAUUGAGCAGAGUGGAAGCCACUGGUUGCCUACUCACGAUCCAUCCCUCCUUGCUUCUUUGCUAAGAGAGCCCUGAUUCUGUGCAGAUAUUUACUCACUACAGACAUAGCCUUGGGGCUCAGGAAGGACACCCUCAGCCUAUCAGUACAUGGCAUUUCUCAGGUGGCUGUUAUUGUUCUGAAGGUGGAUGUGUGACCUGCACUGGCCCAACCAGAUGAAGGGCAUUUUUUCAUGACUGGGAGGAGAGGCUGUGCCGUUCCUCUGCUUAAGAACUGGGAAGCAUGCUGCCCUACUCACUGCAGGCAGCCGUUUUAUGGUGAUGAGAGGAAUAAAUCUUAGGGUGAAGGUGAUGCUGUGGUUGGCAGAGGAAAAGAAGCAAGGUGAUGUUCAGCCACAGAACCGACUGCUGUGGGAGGCAGCCCUGUGUCUGAGCUUACUGUUCUGUGAGAUAGACUUUCUUAUUUUCUGAAACACUUUGGACUGAGGUUUCUUUUACCUGCUGCCAAAAGUGUCCUGACUGAUACUAAGUACCACUACAGAGACUCAGGAGACGGUUUCAGAGUCUGGAAAUAUCAAUAACAAAAGUUAUUGAGGUGACAAAUCAGGUAAGAACUAAAAAAGGUGACUGGAUAGCCACAAAGAGGGGGUUGGUGACAUUAGGGAGAGCACUAUCUGUUGAAUGGGGCAGUGGGAGUCCUAUUUCAGUGAGUUUGAGUGCAUAAGAGGUAAGGAGAAGGUGAACAAGGAAUUUGACUAUGAAGGAAAGGAGAAAGAUGAGGUAUUGUUGGAGGACAUGAAGCAAAAGGAGUACUUUUUUUUAUUAAGGUAUCAUUGAAAUACAAUCUUAAGAAGGUUUCACAUAAGCAGUAUUGUGGUUACUACAUCA